AUGUCGAACAAAAAUCUAGCCAGAUCUUCGUACAUAAGAAGCCAGACUUCUAUUGUUGACAGUAUUGACAAUGUCCAAGGUCUCUCAUCUCGCUCCAACAACAUAAAAGUUGUAGGCAGAUUCAGGCCUCUUGUAGAUUUUGAAAAAGUAAUCCCCAUAUAGGCAUUUUUAAACAACCGAGAAAUAAUUUCUUUCAUCAAUGAUAAAACAGUGGCCAUUGGUGAAGGGAAAGAUAAAGAAUCUUUUACACUUGACAGAAUUUACGGCCCUGACUCCACAAACCAAGAAAUUUUCGAGUUUGUUGGCAAACAAACCAUUCUUGAUGUAAUGGACGGAUACAACGGCACAAUUUUUGUAUACGGGCAAACAGGCUCAGGCAAAACCUAUACGAUGCUUGGAGACGAUAUAUAUGAUGAAGAUUCAAGAGGGAUUAUUCCAAGGGCUGCAGCCCAGAUUUUUGAUUCUGUUCAAAAUAAUGAAGAGGAGACUGAGUAUAUAUUAAAAUGCUCAAUGGUAGAAAUUUAUAAAGAAACAUUAAGAGACUUAUUAGACGCAGAGCCUAAGCUGUUAAAAAUAAAAGAAAGCCCAAGACGAGGGGUUUAUGUAGAAGGGCUAAAUGAGGUCUGCGUUACCUCAGAAAUUGAAAUGUUAGAGAUUUUGUCUCUAGGAGAGACUAUGAGAACAGUUGCAGCGACCAAACUAAACAAAAUGUCGUCAAGGUCCCAUUUGAUUUUUAUAUUAGAAGUCAUGCAAAAAUACUCAAAUGGCUCAGAAAAAAAAGGCAUGCUAAACUUGGUAGAUUUGGCAGGCAGCGAAAAAGUCCACUCAACAGGGGUAGCAGGGCCAAAAAUUGAGGAAACCAAAAAAAUCAAUUUAUCGCUGUCUGCGCUUGGAAAUGUAAUCCAUGCUCUUAUAUCGAAUAGUGACCAUGUCCCUUACAGAGAUUCAAAACUUACAAGAAUUCUUCAAGAAAGCUUAGGUGGGAACUAUAAAACGACACUAAUAGUCGCCUGCUCACUUUCCCCUAAAUCAGAAGAAGAAACAUUAAACACAAUGCGGUUUGCCCUACGAGCCAGGGCGAUAAGAAAUAAAGUCAGGGUAAAUAUGAGAGACGCCCCUGAAAACUACAUACAGAAAAUUGAAUAUCUAGAAGCCGAGCUCAGGACUGCAAAAACUGAAAUAAUCCAACUUAAAGGAGAAAACCCGAGAAAGUCAAGCCCAAAUGUAAAUAAAAUGAUGGGGAGAAUGUCGACCAUAAGCCUUGAUAGCACAACAUCAAGGAAAAGAAGAGGCAGCGAAAUGAAGACAAAAGAGAAUAAUGGAGAUAUUAAAGUUAUGGUGUCGCUAGAUGAGCUCAGACAAUUCUCAGACGAGCCGUCAAGAAUUGAGAAGAAAAGCCCAAACCCUUUUCCCUUGUUUGAGCCAGACUCUCUUGCGUCAUCUUUUAAUUUCAUCCCAGAAAAAGGAGCUUCUGAUGCAGAAGUCGACUCAACGUCAAAUUUCAGAGAAAAUUUGAAACAAAAAGAUGAAGAAAUACAGGAGGCUAAAAAGAAAAACCAUAGUCUGAAAAAAGAAAACCAAGCUUUGACUGAUAAAGUUAGAGACUUAGAAGAAAAAAUGGCAUCAAUGAGGGCAAAACAGCUGCAGACAGAACAAAAAACGCAUGAGUAUUAUGAUAAUUACCAUAAGACAGCUUUGCUUAUAAACAAAGAUGCAGCUGAAAAUGCGUUAUUGAAAAAACAAAACGAAAGCUUAAAUAACCAAGUGAAACGAUUAACCAAAGCUUUAAUGGAGCUGGAUAGGCGAUAUGUCUAUUUAAAUGAAUAUAUAAAUAUCCAUGGGAGUAUUAUUUUUUAUUUUUAUAUACAUUGAAAAUAGGUAUAUAAAAAUUUCAUAGACUCAUGCAGGAAAUUUGACGUUUCUACUUGUGUGGAAUUUGAGGAGAGGACAGAAACACUUAGAAAAGACGAUUUUCCAGUCAUAACUGAAGUAAAUGAUGUAGAUGUCGACACAAGUGACAGCUAUGAUCUAGGACUGUCAAGAAGGGACAUCUCAAUUGAUAGAAAAGACCUUUUAACCUCCAGUCCUUAUGCUAUAGAACUGAAAAAAGCUUUAGACAACAACGCAGAGCUAUGCAAAGAUGUAGCCCUUUUUCAGCUGAGAAAUGAGCUGAUACAGGCUGGGAUUAUCAAUGCCAAUUUAGUCAGGGCAUAUCAUGGGCUAGACUGGAAGCUAAAUUUGGUUAACCAUAAAUAUAUGAUGAAAAGAAGCCUCUGCAAGCACCAAAUGGAAAACAUUAAAUCCCUUGAAAAAAUGCUUGACUUUUUACAUCACUCAUAUAGACACGUAAUUAAGCUAUACGACCAAAUGGAAAGGGAAGCCCCAAAAACCCAUUGCCAGACUGAGCAAACACCUAGGACAAGAAUGAUGAGGACAUUUACUAAUAAAAAAAUCACGAGGGUCAUAAAUGGACAAAUAGUCAAUACACUACCUCAAGACAGUGGGAGUUUUACUUUUAGUGGCCAAGCUCUAAGAUCAGCUGCACGUACUUUAAGUGUGCGUCCUAUAAAAGAAAUCCCUACUAAAACUGAUGAGGCCACCCCAAAGCACUAUAACUCUUCCUUUGCUGAAGCUGAAUCCAUCGACCCUUCUUUUUACCACACAAAACUGAGAGCAAUAGAAACAAGCUUCAACCUCCAGCAGCUCUACAAUGAACAGUUAAAAAAAAUGAACGAGGAAUACAAAGAAGAGCUGAACCAAUACAAGCUUUUGGUUUCUAACCUAGAGGGCGAUAUUUUUACUUCGCAUAAAAAUGAAAUGGAAAGGUGGAAAACCUUUGUGGACGAGCUGAAAAAUAAUUGUGAGCAAGAAUUAUGUAAUUUUAUAAUAAAUAUAGACAGUUUUUUUAUAUUGGAAAUAUAAGCUUAAUAGGAUUAUAAAUAGGUAUAAUAAGAAAACAAUGCGAAGUUGUAAGACUUAAUGAAGUUCUUGGAGAGUGGACCACAAGGUUUAUGGAACUUCAGGAAAAUUUGAGCACUCCGAAUAAGCCGCUAAAAAAAGAAAUGUAUAUUGAAAUCCAAGAGCUGGUCAGGUCUACGAUGUCUACUGCAAUUUAUACAGAGCCGAUGACAAAUAUUAACAGAAUGUUUGGAAGGUCACCACUGAGGGAGUAUAUGAAUAUAACUCCAGUACCUAUAACUAGGCGUCUUGCGUCACAAGGCGACCAAACUCCAUAA